AUGUCUGACUACUCCGGUUCCGGUGUCUACGAGCUGGUUCCCAUGAAUGCUCAAGAUAUGAGCCUGAACGUCUGGGGCGGCGCUCAAUCACCUGGCACCCAAGUGAAGCUAUACCCACGCACCGCGAGCGCAAGGAACACCCAGUUCGCCAUCGUAGCAGCCGGUGGUACACAGGGCAAAGCCGAGAAAGGCGACCGUGAGUACUUGAUCAUAGCCUGCAAUUCAGGACUAUAUGUCGCUGCAAACGAUGCUAUGCAAGUUACGACGGAGCUGCGUUCGCCUCUCGAUCUCAGCGUUCGCUGGAAGCUACAGCACGCUGGCAACGGAGCCUUUUACAUCAACAACGUAGGUACCGGAAAGCAACUCAAUGUCCGCGGAGGUUACAAAGAGUCUGGCACGGAGAUCAUCACGUACAUGCUUACUGAGAAUGGCAACGCGCAGUUUGUGCUCAAGGCUCUCUGA